AUGUCUCGCCCCGAAGAUACCCUCGCGGCCGAUGUCCACUAUGACGACACCGAAGCUCGCAAGUACACCACCUCCUCUCGUAUCCAGAACAUUCAGGCCUCCAUGACCCGUCGUGCCCUCGAGCUCCUCGACCUCAAGUCCCCCGGUUUCAUUCUCGACAUCGGCUGCGGCAGUGGUCUCUCCGGCGAGAUCCUCUCAGACGUCCCCGAAGAUGAGGGCGGCCCCCACGUCUGGGUAGGCAUGGACAUCAGCCCUUCCAUGUUGGACACGGCCCUACAGCGCGAUGUCGAGGGCGAUCUCUUCCUCGCAGACAUCGGCCAAGGCGUGCCAUUCCGCGCCGGUUCCUUUGACGCCGCCAUCAGCAUCAGUGCCAUCCAGUGGCUCUGCAACGCCGAAACCAGCGACACCACCCCCUCCACCCGACUUUCGCGCUUUUUCAACGGCCUCUACGCCUCGCUAAAACGUGGCGGCAGAGCCGUCUGCCAGUUCUACCCCAAGAACGACGUACAAAAGCAGAUGAUUACCGCUGCCGCUGUCAAGGCUGGCUUCGGCGCCGGUCUGCUCGAGGACGACCCCAACACCAAGAACGUCAAGCUCUACCUCGUCCUCACCGUCGGCAAGGAUGCCACCAACGGCAAGGACAUCAGCGCUGUCGUCGAAAACAUGGACGGCGUCGAUAUUCUCGACCAGAGAAAGAAGGGCAAGGCCGGCAAGGGCGACAUGACGAAGGGCAGCAAGGGCUGGAUCAUCAAGAAGAAGGAACAGAUGGAGCGCAAGGGCAAGAUUGUCAAGGCCACCUCCAAGUACACUGGUCGCAAGCGUCGCAUCGCCUUCUGA